AUGGCCGUGCGGUGCGGUGCGGUGUGCCCGCCUGGACGGCUUCCAAAUGCUGUUAAUAGCUUGGCUGGUCUGGACAGCUUUAAUAACCCUCAACUGCGAAGUAACCAACAUUUCUUUAUUUUCCCUUUUGUGAUUCCAGAUGCACCCUCCACCGAGCAACAGGAACUUUUCAAUCAGAAGCUCCGGCAGUGCUGCAUGCUCUUUGACUUCAUUGACUCGGUGACGGAGAUGAAGAGCAAGGAGAUCAAGAGGGCCACACUGAAUGAGCUGGUGGACUAUGUGUCCACCAACAGAGGUGUCCUGGUGGAGUCUGCGUACCCUGAGAUCACCAACAUGAUCACCACUAACAUUUUCCGUACACUUGCACCGAGUGACAACCCAGAUUUUGACCCAGAGGAGGAUGAACCCACUCUAGAAGCUUCAUGGCCUCAUAUCCAACUUGUCUACGAGUUCCUUCUGCGCUUUCUUGAGAAUCCAGACUUCCAGCCCAGCAUUGCAAAGCGCUACAUUGAUCAGAAGUUUGUACUUCAGCUCCUGGAGCUGUUUGACAGCGAGGAUCCAAGGGAGAGGGACUUCCUGAAGACCAUCUUGCACCGGAUUUAUGGGAAGUUCCUGGGGCUUCGGGCCUUCAUCCGGAAGCAGAUUAACAACAUCUUCUUGCGGUUCAUCUAUGAGACUGAACAUUUCAAUGGCGUCGCUGAACUCUUAGAAAUCCUGGGAAGCAUCAUCAAUGGCUUUGCGCUACCUUUGAAGGCGGAGCAUAAACAGUUUCUAAUGAAGGUGCUCAUCCCGUUACACACGGCAAAAGGACUGGCCCUCUUUCACGCGCAGCUGGCCUACUGUGUUGUCCAGUUCUUGGAAAAGGAUCCCACGCUCACUGAACCGGUGAUCCGAGGCCUGCUGAAGUUUUGGCCCAAGACGUGCAGCCAGAAAGAGGUGAUGUUCCUGGGUGAGAUUGAGGAGAUUCUGGAUGUCAUUGAGCCUACACAGUUUAAGAAAAUCCAGGAGCCUUUGUUCAAGCAGAUCUCCAAAUGUGUGGCCAAUCCCCACUUUCAGGUAGCGGAGCGAGCACUGUACUUCUGGAAUAACGAGUAUAUCCUCAGCCUCAUCGAGGAGAACAUCGACAAGAUCCUCCCCGUCAUGUUUGGAAGCCUGUACCGGAUCUCCAAAGAGCACUGGAAUCCGACCAUUGUAGCUCUGGUCUACAACGUACUGAAGACACUGAUGGAGAUGAACUGUACUCUCUUUGAUGAGUUAACCUCCUCAUAUAAGUCAGACCGCCAACGGGAGAAGAAGAAGGAGCAAGAGCGCGACGAGCUUUGGAGGAAGCUUGAGGAACUGAGGCUCAGCAACACCAAGCUGGAGCCCAACAACAGCCACAAGCUUCUGAGUCUGCAAAACAACAACAAGAAUAGCAAUAACAACAAUCAGGACAAGGUCGCCGACGAUGUUGACCUGUACGGCGGCCAGUGAGAGAGAGAGAGAGAGAGAAACCCACGUGCCAAAACGACACCACACUCCCGCUUUUAGCAAUCUGGUUGGCGCUGUGACUUGUCAGGAGAGGACGAACAAAGAUGGGAGACAAACCACACCUCAUUUUAUAAAACAACUCUGAGUGACUUCAAAGGCCUCACGGAAAACAAGGUUUGAUGUUAGCGCGCGUCAGCAGCAGUAUAUAUAAAUAUAAAUAUAUAUAUAUUGUUGUUUUGUCCGCUCUUGUAUUCAAUGUUUUGUGCUGCGGCGGCGGAGAGACAAUUACGACUUGAAUUCAGCAUUUCAGAUUGUUGCCGCGACAAGAUGAAUAGUUCAACAAAGAUGUCUAUUUUGUAACGUUCCGCGUCGUCGCUGCCAACCUUAGUUACGGGGGGCAGGGGGGAGGGAGUGAGGCAGAUGGGGGACCAGCUCUAACUAAAUCCUACAGUCAUAGAGACAGAUGGAUCACAAUCAAUAUAGCAAUCUAAUAACACACCUGUACCUCGGUUUUCGUUGGCAAUCCGAUCCAAAUUACCCAGCAAAAGAUUUACCCCUAAGAAAUCCGAUCUAUUUUACAGAGAAUGAUUAUAGUUUUACAUGUAGAGAACAAUGCGAAAUACAUAUAUAAUCGAUGUGGAAAUGAACAAUAAACGUGACUUUAUUGAAGACAAAGAAACAGUACCUACGACUUCUUUCAUGAACUCUAUCGCGUUCCGUACCUUUUUUAUCAAAGUGCUGGCACUCGCAACUUUCUUCGGCCCCAUGUUGGCUCACUUUGCGGCCGUAGUCAAUAAAAAGAAUGUUUGUUCGGGCACUUGAGUCCGCACAACGAUUUCGAAUAUUUUGGCGAAAACUGAGGUACCACAUUUGGAGUCGAAUCAUCCUCACAUUUAGUUUUACAUUUCAGGUAUUUUUAACUUUUUUUAACGGAGGUGUCCCCGUGACAAGUAUUUACACUGAAGUAUUGACGCAGGGCUCUUUCAAUUGGACACGUUUGGCCACGUCUUUCAGUUAAACACGACUUACCAGCUGUUGGCUGAGCAUGAAGCCCGGAAGCAAAGUGGAACCUCUCCCAAACACCAGGGCGUCCGUGGCUUCAGCCUCCGACGCCGCCGUUCACUCCGCGGACGCGUUUCCGAUCGACUCCGGCGAGGGAAGCAGAGUAUUUUUUUUUUUUUUAAACUUAAAAUGAUUUCUGUACAAAAGAAAAUAGAUGCAAAAACGAGACACACAGUACUCUAUUUUUCCAAAGUGAAUAUUUAGUUUUUUUGCAAAAGGACAAAGACGGCGGGAUGGCGGCUGUAUGGGCUGGAUUGUACAGUGUAUUUUGUAGAGUGCUCUUAUAUGUAAGCUGGUAGGAAUUAUCGGACGGGGAACAUGUAUGAUCCGUGUCUGCUCCGUUUUAAAUGUAUCGAUUAAAAUGUACAGUAAGUUACAGGUGACCCUGUGAGCGAUACGUUUGAAUUCCGCCAUCAUGUCAAGCUAAUGAGAGUUUGUCAUGUUAUCAUGUAUAGGGAGGGAGGGCCUUUAUUUAACAUGCUCCAUUGGAAGGGGCGAAAGGGUUGAUUCAUUACUAUAUAUUCCAUAUUAAGAUCUUAUUCUUGAUCCGUCUUCUUCACAGUCGCGCUGUAUAUGUGCAGGAGCAGGUCAAAAAGUUUAUUUUCAAGGCGUAUUGAGAAAACAAACUCGACUGCUCAACACUCUUUACCUCCAGUCUUAAUAACCUCAGAUAGUUUUCACCGGGAACUGUUCAUCUUCUACUCACCCUAUUUAGAUCCUAGGAACCGCGUUAUGUUGUAUUUGUUUUAGUUCCGCUUCCUCUGAUGCCUUUCUGUCAGUACAUCAUUCCAAAUGUCUGUAAUGUGGGCUUGUUUUAUUUUUGGACGAGGGAUGAGAAGCUGUUUUGUAAUCAGAUAGAUUUUACCAGGGUUUCUUCAUCAAAUAAAGUCUACUCUAUCUUUCUA